AGAAAUGGAUUUCUACCUGUUUGAACCUCAGGAUGGAGCAAGCUGCUUUUAAAGCACUCUAAGGACCUGCCUUAUGAGGAAACUACUGGAGAAAAUAUUUCCUUUCAUAUUUCAUAUUUCUUCUAUGAAAAAGUGAUUUUGGAAGACCUCCUAGGCCACCUUGCUUGAGGUGUCUUUCAGAAGAAGCAUGGCUUACUUUGUGUUACAAAUUGCUGGUCUAAUACUUGGAGGUAUCGGCAUGGUUGGGACUUUGGCAGCCACAUUUAUGCCACAGUGGAGAGUUUCUGCCCACAUUAAUGGAAAUAUUGUGGUGUUUGAGACCAUCUGGGAAGGACUGUGGAUGGCCUGCGCCAGUCAGCUGGGCAUCAGGCUGCAGUGCAAAUUCUAUGACUCUAUCCUGUCUCUUUCCCCACCCUUGGAGGCAUUCAGAGCCCUCAUGUGCACUGCAGUGGUCCUGUCAAUCAUUUCCUUUUUGUUGGCCAUUGUUGGUGUGAAGUACACUCGCAGGAACAAGGGCAUCAGUAUCUUCAUAUUGGCAGCUGGACUUUCCUUCCUACUGACCGGCAUCCUUGUUCUGAUCUCUGUGUCCUGGAGUGCAGGUAGCAUCAUUCGCGACUUCUAUGAUCCAAAUGUCCCUACACCACUGAAACGAGAGCUAGGAGCUGCUCUAUAUGUGGGGUGGGUGAGCAGUGCACUUCUCAUCAUUGCGGGAGCAAUGUACUCUAUCUUCUGGUGCUGGGCUGAUGCAUCCUUAAAAUCCAAGUAUCCAUCGCUUUCUUGUCACAGUUUGCGCAAACCUAACGUUUCAGGAGGGCCAUCCCCAAGUGUGCAUGCCUAUGUAUAGUUGCUACAUGUGAUCUUUCUGCUUAGUAUGUCAAUAUGUACUGGUUGACUUCAGUAUCUAAUUAAACUGUGAAUCUGUAAUGGAGGGGCAAUUUAGUUCAUUUGCUAUUUACUAUUGCCAUACAUAUCUGCUCUCUGCCAUGAAUACAGGGCAUAUUAUCAUAUGGGCAUUACGUUAGAGCACAGUCAGAAGAAAAAUCUAACCAUUUUAUGGGAAUGAAGAGCGGCAUGGGAACAGCAGCAGCCAGAAGUCUCUCAGAGAAGACAAACAACAUAUGGUUGGACUGGAAGGCAGGCAGCUGCUGUGCAGUAGCACCAUUGCCCUCCCCUAAACCCAUGAUGUGUAAAGAGGGCAGUGCAUUUUACUCUAAGGUAAAGUCUUCGUAAGGAUUGCUUUAGGACAGUAGUGAGCAGAAUGGAGUUGGCAGCAUGGCUGAAGCAGCUGUUGAAUGAAUGGAGAAGCUGCCAGCGAUCUAACUUCCAAUAUCGGCACACAAAUGA